UUGAUGUAAUAAACUUUUAUGAUCAAGAACAGUGUCAAGCGGGUUUCUUCUCAACACAUUAUUGCAGCAUUAUUGUUCGGACACCACAGUCCCUAAGCAACAUACUUAACCCCCAGUUGCUCCAGAUGAUAAAUAAUAUGAUAAAAACAGACGUGGGCCACUUUAGGUAAAGUAUAACUUGAAUAAGUAAACUCCUCUUCUUUACCAAGUUGGUCAGUAAGGAAUCUUGUUUAAAUUGUUGUUGACAACAACAAACGGUUUGUCAUGUGAAAGCACCACUCGUAAUCGUUGCCCAGCACUACUUUGUAUGUUUUAUUUGAAUGUCAGUAUGUCUGACACACACAGUAUUGAUUAUUUGUUUUAUUAUUUAAUGGUAGUGUAAGACCUGGAGGCUUCUCUGUGGGCCCUCCCUUGAGGCCUCCAGGAGAGCCACAUGUCUGACACCACUGUGACGAUGCAAGACAAACACAAACACACGCUAAUAUUCAGAUGCACAUUUCACCUAUUUCACAUUUCACAUAUUGCAUUCAACCCACAUUUAUGUUACAACUGACAACCAGACUAUGAGGUGAAUUAUAACAUUUUACUUCUUGUGUUUGAGUCUAAAAGCAUUUUCUGUCUGUGUUGCAGAGAAAACACAUCAUUUAUUAGCAAACACACGUGACUAAUUUGUGUCACAUUUUGAAGGCUGUGGCUUAAAAGAGCUCCAAGGUACAGACAGAAACGUCAAAAAUGUUUCAACUCAUAAUGCAAACUACAUAUUUUUUCUCAAAUCACUCCCAACAUUUUUAACAUGACUUUUGUUGUUUUUAGAGCACAUUAAAGUUUGCUUUGCAGUAACAACUGUCAUAAUAAUAUAACAUAAUUCCUCUUUUCUGUUGGAAGUUUGCAUCACAUUAUAGUGUUCAUGUUAUUAUGUGCACAUUCUGUAGCACUUUAAUGUCAUUACUCAUCAAACAAUCUUGUAGUUUAUAUAUUUUUGUUGUUGUUUUGGCCUAUAUGCGUGUAAUGCAGUAAACAGUUCAGCUUUCUUUGAAAUCACGUGACACAUUUCCUCCUCGCUUGUUUGGGCGGGUCUACUGUAAAAACAAAAAACUAUACAACAGGAAGAAGAACCCAGUCUGCGCUCUGCUGUCAUGGUCGCUUUAACAUCAGCGCCAUUCGUGGCUUUGUUCGCUUGUUCAUGGAUCUUUGUUCUGUGUCAAGGGACACAGGAGCUGAAGGAGACAGUGAAGCCUGGAGAGGACGCCACUCUUCAGUGUCGGGGUCACAGAGGUGCUGACAUAGAAGUGAUAAAGUGGAACAGACCUGACCUGAAGUCAGAUGAUAUUUAUGUCUUCUUCUUCAGAGACAACUGCUCAUAUGAAAACAACACGCAUGAAUCUUAUCGUGGUCGAGUGAAGCUGAGAGAUCCAGAGAUGAAGGACGGAGACGCUUCUGUGAUUCUGAAGAACGUCAACAUCAACGACACUGGAACAUAUCAGUGUCGGGUUAGAGAGAAAAAGGAGAAAGGCAAAGCUGAACUGAUCAGCAUCAUCAUGCUGACAGUGACAGAGCCAGGUCACACAGCUGGACACAAGGAGGGAGGAGACAAGGAGGGAGGAGACAAGGAGGGAGGAAACAAGGAGGAAGGAGACAAGGAGAGAAAUGUUGGACUGAGAGUCGCUCUGCCAGUUUGUGUGAUUGUUCUUGUUGUUGUUGUUGUUGUUGUUGUUGUUGUGAUCUUUAAAAAAUAUAUCAGACCCACAGGGAAUCAACAACCUGCUAUAAACAGACAUGAACUGCAGAACCUGCAGAGAGAUUAAGAGACCAGAGGCAGCAGAUGAGAAUUAGUGAGGAUCCAGACUGAAGUCACUCUGUUUACUGUGGGGAGCAGUGAUUGGUCGUUACUCUCUGGCUGCUGAUUGGUGGACUGAACGUGCUGCUGGACAGAAGAAACACAUUCCUCCUGUAAAAUAAACCUGAGCUGUUGACACACGUCUGAUUUCACCUGGAGGCAGGUUAAUGCCAGAUGGGCUGACUGACCAGCAGCUCUGUGGGACAAACAAUAUGACCUGAUGCUGGAACAGCCAGCUGAUUGUUAAUUACACGAAGUGGUACAGACCGUCGGCACCUCCCCCCACCCCUUCAAGUGGAUCCAUCCAUCCAGGUAGAGUCAGAGGUCAAAUACAAAUUAAACGGGUAAAGGACCAAAAGAGAGAAAAAGCUCCAAAUGUUUUAAAUCAACAGUUACUGAUGUCAGUGCCGCUCAACAUCCUGCUAGCUGCAGUUAUAACACUAACAGUCUGUUCUGGAUGACGGAGCUGGACUUUGUUCCCAGUCCGACCCUGAAGAGCUCAGUCCCUGUUGUUCACUCACCGACCUGCAUCAGCCUCGGUGAACACAUCUAAAUUUGACGUCUGUCGCCACUGUGGUGUUUUGAAGAGUGGGUGUGGUGGUGCUUGCGUGGAUAUUUAGACUAAGUUUCUAACAGGGCCGUGUCGACUUUGUAGCCGCGUGUGAGCAAGGUAACCCCUGGCAGUGGCAAAUAGCUUUGGUUUAAUGUUUGAUUUGAUUACAUUAAUGUUUCAGUUGAGAUUUACAAGAAAUAUUUUAUUGCUACUGUGUAAAGGGAAUUGACUCAUCCACCAUUGUGUC